AUGGCUUCCCUGGCUCAGACCCUGACACUGUUGGCAAUGGCUGUGGUCAUCACAGCCGACGAGGUGAAGCACUUGGACAUGGCCCCAGACUCCUUCGAUGACCAGUACAGGGGCUGUGGCCCUGCCAUGAAGGCGGCAUUGCCGGCCCUGAACUGCACUGAGUUCCACCUGAACCAUCUGUUUGCCCAGAUCUGGGCCAAGGCUGCGGCUAAUUGGUGGAGUCGGGGAUCCCCUAUGACCUGGCUGACUCCAGACCAGGCUACCGCCAUUAUGGCCUUCACAAUGGAUGACCUGGACAGAAUCUUCAAUGAUGCUGUGCAUGUGGCUGGGCGCUCCACACAGCAAUACCGGGACAAUUUUCACUUCAAGACACUGCAUUUCCUGCUGAUUGAUGCCAUUGCAACACUGAGGGGCUCCUUGCCUUGGGACUGUUAUGACAUGUUCCAGCAGGUGUGUGGGGUCCGGUUUGAGGCACAGCGUGGCGACACCAUCCGGUUUGGUCAAUUCAUGGGAAUGCUGGUGAGAAAACCGACUGCAGAGUGCUCUGGGAAGGAGACGGUGUUCCAUGUGCACACGUGUCAGGGCGUGGACAUCAGCUUUUUCUCUGUACAUCCAUCAAAAGACUGGGCGCUGAUCCCACCCUUUGAGACCUUCGAGGUCACAGAAGUCACCCGGGUAGGGGACAAGGCAGAGAUCCACCUGCGCUCCACUGGGACUUUCAGCAAAUACAACUGCGAGUUGCUGCAAGGUGGAAGCGUCCCCAGGUCCAUCUUCCACCUCAGAGGACUUCUCCUGGCCACCACAGCCCUGGUGGUGGCCACUGGGAUCCUCUGA